AUGCACACCUCUUCUAAUUCAUCGGCAGUUUCAUUGAAUGAUGCCUCUCAGGAUAGGGAAGUAUUACCUUCUAAUAUCAAACCUCUUCAUUACAAGUUAACGUUGGAACCAAAUUUCGAUACCUUCAAGUUUGAUGGACAAGUAGCAAUUGACUUUCUAAUUAACGAAAGAACUAACUAUAUUACUUUAAACUUACUUGACAUCGAAAUCCAUGAAGCCAAGGUCAACGAUGUUACAGCUGAUGGAAUCGAAUAUGAUACAGACAGACAAACGGUCACUUUUAGGUUUGAGGAUCACUUGAUAGAGGGUAGAGAAGCUAAACUUCAUAUCAAAUACACUGGUGAGCUAAACGAUAAAAUGGCUGGGUUCUACAGAUCUAGUUAUGAGGAAAAUGGGAAGACUAAGUAUUUAGCUACCACCCAAAUGGAGGCUACGGACUGCCGCCGAGCAUUUCCGUGUUAUGAUGAACCAUCAGCUAAAGCUAAGUUCACAAUCUCUUUAAUCGCAGAUAUGUCGUUGAUAGCGUUAUCUAAUAUGGAUGAAAAGGAUACUACGCUAAUAGGGGACAAUAAAAAGAGAGUUGAUUUUAAAACUACACCAUUGAUGUCUACUUAUUUGGUAGCGUUUAUUGUUGGUGAUUUGAAAUAUGUUGAGAAUAAUGAUUUUAGAGUUCCUAUCAAAGUGUAUUCUACUCCAGGUUCUGAAAAAUUAGGACAAUAUGCUGCUGACAUUGGAGCAAAGACGUUGGCCUUUUUUGAAUCCAAGUUCGAUAUCCCUUAUCCAUUGCCAAAGUGUGAUAUGGUUGCAAUCCAUGACUUUGCGUCAGGUGCCAUGGAGAAUUUCGGCUUAAUCACAUAUCGUACUGCUGAUCUCCUCUUAGAUCCUUCUAAUGCCAACAUUAAUACUAAACAUAGAGUAACUGAAGUUGUUAUGCAUGAGUUGGCACAUCAAUGGUUUGGAAACUUAGUUACUAUGGAUUUUUGGGAUGGUUUGUGGUUGAAUGAAGGUUUUGCGACAUGGAUGUCUUGGUAUGCCUGUAAUGCACUCUAUCCAGAGUGGAAUGUAUGGGAGAGCUAUGUAUCUGAUACCUUGCAAUCUGCUUUGUCUUUAGAUUCUUUGAGAUCUUCACAUCCCAUCGAAGUUCCUGUCAAAAAAGUUGACGAGAUUAAUCAAAUAUUUGAUGCUAUAUCCUAUAGCAAAGGUUCAGCUGUUUUGAAAAUGGUGUCUAGGUGGUUAGGCGAGGAAGUCUUCAUAAAGGGUGUCGCUAAGUAUUUACAAAGGCAUAAAUGGGGAAAUACUCGAACCAGCGAUUUAUGGGAAGCUUUGAGUGAACAGAGCGGCAAAGAUGUUGUCAAAGUAAUGGAUAUUUGGACUAAGAACGUGGGAUUUCCGGUAAUCAAAGUUGAAGAAGAGAAAGGAGAAUUGAAGGUAUCUCAGAAUAGAUUCUUAGCAACCAACGACGUUAAACCAGAAGAAGAUAAAGUUUUGUAUCCUGUAUUUUUGGGUUUGAAGACGAGUCAAGGAACUGACGAAUCUCUUGUGUUAGAUUCCAGAACAAAAUCUUUUAAAUUGGAUGUGAAGGAUGACUUUUUUAAAAUUAACGGGGACCUGGUGGGUAUAUAUAGAACUGUAUAUGAACCAUCUCGUUGGGCGAAGUUGGGCAAAGCAGGUUUAACUGGUAAAUUAUCCAUCGAAGAUCGUACUGGAUUAGUCGCUGAUGCUGGGUCUUUAGCUUCUUGUGGUUUGAUUCAAACUGUCGAUCUAUUAAAUUUGAUAAAACUGUGGUCAAGCGAAACAAGUUACGUUGUUUGGGAUCAGAUUUUAGGUAAGAUCAAUUCUUUAAAAGCUGUCAUGCGUUUUGAAGAAGAAAGUGUUACUACAGCAUUGAAUUUAUUUGCGUUAGACUUAAUUAGCAAAAAUUUGAAUGAAAUCGGCUGGGAUAUUCAGGAGAGUGAUUCUUUCUCUGAAAAACAGCUCAAAUCUUCAUUAUUUGGAACGGCAGUAAGUGCUGGUCAUAAGGGCGCUAUCGAGUAUUCGAGGAAGUCCUUUGACGCUUACGUCAAUGGUGAUAAGAAAGCCCUAAAAGCAGACUUAAGACCGGCCAUUUUUUCUUGUGUUGCCAAGUAUGGUGAUAAUCUGGAUUUCGAAAAGAUAUUGAACAUUUAUAAAAAUCCGGAUUCUGUGGAAGAGAAGAUGUCUGCCUUGAGGACUUUAGGUAAAUUCAGACAACCUGAUGUUAUUGAAAAAGUAAUUGCUCUUUUGUUAGAUACCAAGGUGAUUAAAUCCCAGGAUGUUUAUGGUCCUUUAGUUGGCUUUAUGUCUCAUAAAUUGGGUAUUGAAAGAAUUUGGAAAUGGUUAAAGGAAAACUGGCUGACUAUUGUUGAAACCUUCCCCCCUAGUUUACCAAUGUUAGGCAUUAUAGUUAAGAUUUGUGUUGCUGGCUUUACUAAAGCAUCACAAAAGAGUGAAGUUGAAAAUUUCUUCUCUGGAAAAGACAAGAAGGGUUUCAACCAAAGUUUGGCUCAAGCAUUGGAGAUGAUCACCACAAAAUCUAACUGGGCAUCUAGAGACCGUCAAAAUGUUACAAAUUGGCUAUCUACGAACGGAUAUAGCAAAUAA